AAUGACGUAACUUCCGUAAACACAAGGCACCAGAAAUGUGGAAACCGUGUGCCGAGUAUUUUCUGUUAAUGUUGUUUCCCUUUUUUAUGCGUCCUGAAUAUAAACGAUGUCUCACACUCAAUCCUCCUCUGGUGGCAUAAAAAACCCGUGUGUGGGUGUGCGUGAGAGAGAUGACUCUGCUGACAAAGACACUACAUUAGUGAGUAAUGGCUCCAACAGUCCAGACACAAGUGUGAGGCAGCGUGUGUUAAAGGAGGUAGGACUCACCAGCACCACCUUCAUCGGGCCAGCAUUUCCUCCAAAGAGAGCCAAAGUCAAGUCUGACUUUGAAGACACACUGAGCGAGUUUUACAAAGAGCUGGAGAAGAUCGAUACUCCGGAUAGUGCUAAUGAGAACCCAGGGAGACGAGGUGCAGCUUUUCUUCAGUCUACCGGCAAAGAGAUCCAGGAGAAGGCUGUUAAAUCUGCACAAACAGACGGCUUCCAGAAAAGCGGUGGACAGAAGCAGGCAUCCUGGCCCCACUGGUAUCAGAAUGAGCCAUACCACCACAGAAGACCGAGACCGGGCGUGGACCAGAGCUCUGCUCCUACUCAAAACCAGUGGCCUCAUCCUCAAACACCGAACAGACCGCCAAACCCAAGAUCUCACAGGCCCCCAUUCCAUCGCCCACCACCCCCGUCCGUAUUCCCAAAUCCACAAAACCCAUCAUCACACAGGAAUCAAAACUGGGGCAGUUCUGGUGGGACCAACCAGUAUCAGGAUGAGUCGCAUUUCCAAAGAUUUUCCAGCUUCCCGCACCCAAUCCGUCACCCCUCUCAGGGCUUUUAUGGAGAUUCUCCGCCCCACUUUGACAGGGACGAACGCGGUUGUAGCUAUGAUGAACACUCAGGUAACAUAAGCGGUGGAUGGUCUAGAGAUAGAAAAGAAGAACGGGGUCAGUUGGGUGAAGAUUAUGAUGGACGCCAGAGAUAUGAGUCAGAAAGUAAACAGCGGGAGCAUCACUGCCGACCCCCUGAUGAAAGCAAUGCAUACCAUCCUUCCUCGGUGCUGAUCUUGAUGAGGGGAUUACCAGGAUCUGGUAAAUCAACACUGGCCAGGGAGCUGCUCUCCACCGGUCCCAGUGGGCUGAUACUGAGCACAGAUGACUACUUUACUCACAGAGAGGGCUACCGCUAUGAACCAGGCUUUCUCGGAGCGGCACAUGAGUGGAACCAGCGGAGAGCUAAAGACGCUAUGCAAGAUGGCCGAUCUCCCAUUAUUAUUGAUAACACAAACAUCCAAGCUUGGGAAAUGAAGCCAUAUGUCAAAAUGGCUUUGGACAGAGGAUACAAAGUGGACUUUUGUGAACCUGACACCAGCUGGAAGUUUGAUUGUUACGAGCUAGAGAAGAGGAACAAGCACGGCGUUCACCAGGAGAAGAUCGCGCAGAUGAUGGAUCGUUUUUCAUUCCCAAUAUCCAUAGACAUCGUCAUGAGUUCACAAGAUCCGCACCACGUGAACCAGAGACGUCGACCAGAGCAGCCUCAGAUGAUGAUGAGGAAAGACCAAGAUUACCGUUAGUUUUUACAGGAAUUUAACCAGCCAAAUAAUUCGCUUUGAAGAACAAACAGUUUUGUAAUGGCGUGAACAUUUCUAGUUGCUCCCUGAUUUUUAAUAUAUUUUGUAUACUGUAAUUUUACACAAUGAGAGAAGAAAUUUAUUUUUUCUGAAGAAGUUUUCAAGAUUGAAUUGUUUGUAACAUCUUUGCUAGGAAAGGAAAUGUGCUUUUUCUUGCAUUUUAUAUUAAAUAAAACCUUUUAACUUUAAAGAU